AUCCGGUUAUGUGACCGUUUUUGUAAAGUAUAAUUUUUGUGUACUUUCAUUUUCAUUUUAUGCAAAGGUAUACAUGAUGAAAACACCAAUUACUCUGGAAUUUAGUGGUGGAGCAGAAUUGUUGUUUGACAAAGUUAAAAAGCACAAUAUAGAACUUCCUGCCUCAGAGAAAAAAUGGACAAUAGGAAACUUGCUGCUGUAUAUUAAGGAUAAUCUAUUAAAAGAAAGACCAGAAUUAUUCAUGCAAGGAGAGACAGUAAGACCAGGUAUCUUGGUAUUAGUCAACGAUGCAGACUGGGAACUGAUGGGAGAACUUGAUUACGAGAUCCAACCGAAUGACCGUAUUGUUUUUAUUUCAACGUUGCAUGGAGGCUGAUGCUUGCAGUACUGAAAUAAUAGUCUUGAAAAAUCUAGAAGCUGACAGUUUCAGAUAUGCCUGGAAUCUUUUUUGUACAGAAAUCAAAAUCUUUUCACCUCUUGGUUUUUUGUUGACCAAACAGGAAGUACAAAAAAGAAACAUUGCGUUUUUAUAUGAAUGGUAUUGCCUAUCUUUUUUUUACAACUUUGAUAAUAAUAGUAAAAUGUCAUUCAUCCAUGCCUGCAAGAUUGAAUAAAUGAUAU